GUUAGCUCUAUACUAAUAUCAAUGGCUGAGGAGCAGCUACUUCAUUCCCACACUCACUACUAUGAGGAUGUGUUCUUACUUAGUGUAAAGCUGCAGUGUGAUGGAGAGUAUCUACAAAUUGAAGGACAUGCAAAGUCAUUGUCCCUGUAUUGCCCUCACCUCAACAUGUCAAUUUCUCCCAUUCAACUCAAGAGGGCUGUUGAGGCUGCUGUGAAUGUCUAUGAUAUUUGCUCCAUUGGGAGGAUGAAAUGUGGAGAUUGUCCACUUUUUGAGGUUGAUUUUGGUAAUUCUCGUUCCCUUCAGUCCUUUGUAAAAGAUUCUGAAACUGGAGAGCUACCAGCCAUAAUACAAAAGCAGCUGAUUCAUCAAAUGAAACCGAAAAAGCAACCUAUACAGCCACCUACAGUAAUCACUAAAUUGCUGCUUCUGAGCCCCAAUAUAGCUACUAAUGACCCUCUAUUGAGACAGGUGACACUAAGAAAUGUUCAGGAGUUACUUGGAGUCUAUUCAAGGAGAAGAAUUUUCAAUUAUGGAGCAUUGAUGAGAUACUUUCACAAAGAAAGAAGCAGAGAAGCUCCACAACUACCUGUUCUACUAAGAGAGUUAAAAGAAGUUUGUCAUUGGUGCACACUGGGCUUCCAUCUUGGAAUAGAGAGAUGUGAUCUUUUUAGAAUACAGGCACAGUAUGGUGUUCAUAUAGAUGGACUGGCAGCUAUGCUGGAUACAUGGAUUCAAACUGGUCACGCAACUUGGAUAAGCCUGAUAAGUUCACUAAAAAUAUCAGGAUUCAGUUCACUUGCUAGGAGAUUGGCUAUUACUUAUGACAUUCCUUCAUUCGAUUCACCAACACUAGUAAAAGGAAAGAGUGAAGACGAUCAACUUGAGAGUAGAAUACGACUCCGUCAGAGCAUACAGGAGCAUGACACUGAAAUGAUGUAUCUUCAGGAUUCAGUCACACUUAAAGAGAGAAAAGAAUCACAACUGAGUCUAAGCCUCGAGGACAUUAGAGAAAAUCUAAAAGAAGUUAGCACUAACCUCUCCCAUCUCUCCACAAAGAAAGAGAAACUACACAGCACACUGGAAACAAAACAACGACACCAUUCACAUCUUCUUCUGUACCGCCCAAUUUCUGAUGAUAUCAUUUACAGGGAAAUGAUAGAAGAGAUAGAGAUGACUAUUUCUGAUGUCAAGAAACAGAUAAAAAUGCUUCAAGAAGACAUGCAAAGCUGUAAACAAGAAGAAAGGAAGCUUCGUAAUCAAUUGGAGCAAAAAGAAGCCGAUUUGAAGCAGCUACAAGAAACCAUGUGUGAAAUGAAAGUAAAGAAUGCUCAACUAGCAGCAGAAUUAGAGUCUGAGAGACGCAUACUUGAAUUAACUGUACAGGCUAAGCUAGCUCAAAGUCAAUCAGACAGAAGAGUACAGGAAGAUUUAAGGCAACAAAUAGUUCUACUUCAGCAAAUCCUUACAUCUAAGUUACAUCCAGAAAAACAGAAAUCAAAUGUGUACAAUCUUUUAACAAUUUUAAAAGAGCUUCAAUUAAACUGCUGCGACAGCAAUGAUACUGAUGGCAGUCAGUCAGCUUCUCCACAGCCUUCAAUAUUAGCAGCAAGAAAAGAAAGGGUAUCAUCUUCAGAAACUCCUCCUGUCCCUCCUCGACCUGUUCAACUGAUGAGACCAAAAAGUCUACCACCAAUAUCACCCACCAUUCGAAAUUCACAAUCACUAAAUUUUGCUGAUUCAAGAUCUCAUUCGCUUGAUACUUCUGACAAAUAUGUUGCAAUUUUAAAAAUGUUGGAUUCAAGUGACAAACAAUGGUACUAUAAGAAUAUAGAUGAGCAGGAUGCAGAAAAGCUUCUAACAAGUCAUUCCACAUUCUCUGCUGGGGCUUACCUCAUUCGAAGAGCAAAGGAGCAGACACUUAAUUAUCUCUCAGUUCUGGGUAACAAUCAAGUCUAUCACUAUCCAAUUUAUUCUGGUAAAAACUACACUGUCUACCUCUCAAAAAAGGCACAAUUCCCUACCCUUGAAUCUCUCAUAAAGAAUUAUUCUAAGCCCAGUGCAGAGCUACCAUGUCCUCUCACUACUCCGUGCUGCAAAACCGAGCUUGUUAAAAGAGCUGAUGUUAAAUUAGGUAAUGUCUCAUUACAAGAGUUCAUCCACGAAGGAGCACAUACACAAGUAUUCACUGGAGUUUUUAAUAGACAUCAAGCUGUAUAUGCAAAAGUACAAAAAGAGGGCUCUUCUCUCUCAGUUUACAACUUUCUGAGUGAAGCAGCAGUCAUGCGAUCACUGCAACACAACAAUAUUCAUCAAUUUAUUAGCGUCACUCUGCUAGGAACAGAGCAGCUUUGCAUACUACAUGAGCCUGUGUAUCAGCUCAACCUGAAGGAAUGCAUGGAAAGAAUGAAGAAGUCUAGCCAAACCAUAGCUGAUCACACCAUUUUCUCCUAUGCACUACAAAUAGCCCGUGGCAUGAGUUACUUGGAAUCUCAUCACUGCAUAUUUCGCAAUCUUGCUUGUAAAAAUAUUGUACUAGUGAGAGGAGCACAGUACCGACACAUUCUCAAGUUAAGCAAUUUCAGUCGUGCGUGCUUCUCUCCAAGUGGAACAAUGACUUGUCGCCCUUUUAACAUUCUUCUACGUUGGACAGCACCAGAGCUACUGUUUGCAGGAGUAUGUAGCUCAAAGAGUGAUGUAUGGUCAUAUGGUAUCACACUGUGGGAGAUAUUAACGUAUGGGUCUAAGCCUUAUGGUGAACACAGCAGUGAGAAUGUGAAGGAGAUGGUGAGACAAGGGCACCGCAUACAACUCGACGGUCUAGCAUUGCCUAAGAAUGUUCAUCGGCUUAUUAGUGAGUGCUGGCAUCAGAAACCAGAGGAAAGACCAAGCUUUAAAAAUUUACAAGAGAGAUUAAAGGUGAUUCAAGAUGGCAGCUAUCCGCACAACCAUCGAAAUUAUACAUAAACAUGUUCAUGCACAAUAUACAUGUACUAGUCUCCCAUUGCUUGGUUAUUUUCUAUUUUUAAUUUUUAAUAAUAAUG